GCCUCUGUCUUAUCGCAUGCAUGAAAAUUAUUCAGAUCAUAUCAAUCAGCUAGUUAUAGUUUCAGCUAAGGAAAGUGAUGAACUUGAUGAAGUUUGGUGUUCUUUUUUUUUCGUGUCCGAAAAGAUCAUAACACCGCGUCUAUGCGCGAUGUUAGAUCAGGAUUGCAAUGAUUUGAUACGAUGGAAGGAGAGCUGCGGAUGGCGCAUGUUUCUCCCACUCUGUUCAAUCCCGACUUCCUGAUCCCUUUCCUGGUUGCUAGGGUCCCUCUAUAUAAUCUAAUUUUAAUUAGACAUAGCUCAUUCCACCGCAGUCAGCGGUACGGUACAAACUUAUGUUGUACAUUCGUGUGUAGCAAGGCCCUUUAUGUCCAUGACAUUUGGAAAAUAGUUUGAAAUCCGUACAGUUUAACCGCAGUGACGCGAUUCUUUCCUGUUAUUUUCUUUUUUCUUUAACGUCUUCACCACGUGGUUGGGUGGCAUUUCGAGCGGCGCAAGCGCUGCGUCAAAACCGAAUAGCGUCGUUCCAUUUGGGAACCAAGGGGAACUACUGGGGCUGUCUACCUGGAAUUUGUUUUGUCGAUAUAAAACCCGUUGCCGUAGUCCCUAACUAUUACGUAUUACAUACGUAUUUGCAGUACUUACUCGAUUCUAUUAUACCAACAUAUUCACUCGAAAAGGGGUGGAGAUAAUAAAUAAAGGUUUUGCGCUCCUUUCGGUUUAUAUGCAGAUCCCCCUCUCUGACUAUUUUCUGGCCCCACUCGAAACUCGAAGGAUCCGCAGAAACCAUUUGGAUACCGACCAGAACCGACGAGCUCUGUGCUCUCAUAGGUCUUUGCUUUCGUAAAAAUAACAAUAUAAGGUAAUAUCUUUCAUUGCGAGAAUGACGAUCGACAAGGAAUUGUGGAGCGAACCUGAGGGACUCUUGGAAAAAUUUGAUGCUAAUAAAGACGGUCUGAUUGAUUUUGACGAGUUUAGAACAAUGUGCGUCGAUUUGUUCGGUAAUGAGGAGGUAGAAAAACACGAGUACAGAGUACGCGACAUAUUCGAUAUCCUCGAUUCCGACGAGGAUGGAACUCUCAAUCAGGAAGAAUGGGAAAGGUGCUGCAAGGAGUGGACGAGCGUAGUUGUCAACCCUGUGAACGUUUUCUUGAUAGUUGACGUUCAAAAUGAUUUUAUAGAAGGAACUUUGGCUCUAAGGGAUUGCGGUAAGGGACAGGACGGCGCGGAGGUCGUAGCGCCCAUAAAUCGAUUAUUGGCAGAGUUGCGAUGGGACAAGGUUGUGUACUCGCUUGAUUGGCACCCGGAAAAUCACAUCGGAUUUUAUGAAAAUCUUGGAUUACGCGAACUACACGCUGAGUCGAAGAUCGGCAAACAGGAAGCCAAGCCUUUUGAUACGGUCGUUUUCCUCGACCCCCACCUCGAACAACGCCUAUGGCCUAAACAUUGCGUCAUUGAUUCAUGGGGUGCCCAACUUCACAAAGAUCUAGUCAUCGUGCCUGGUUCCGAUCAGUUACGCAAAGGUAAGCAUCCGAACAUGGAGGCAUAUUCCGUAUUCGCCGACAACAACCGAGAAAAUUCUCGUGAACUUUUGAACAUUCUCGAGGGCGUUGGCGCCACAGAUUUAUACGUUUGCGGUCUGGCCUAUGACGUGUGUGUGAGAGCGACUUGUCUGGACGGUCUACGUCAGGGUUAUAGACUCGCCGUUAUCGAAGAUUGUUGCCGUGGUGUAGACCCUGCGGAUAUCCAGGAAACUAGGAGGACUAUCGAAGACAACGGCGGGCUUCUGACAGACUCUGAAAAUACUCGGAGACUCGUCGAAGGUCAAAAUCGUAGCAUUGUUAUGGCUCUACAGCUCGCCAAGUCUCUUGGAUCGAAAAUAUUGGGUGAUAAGAAUCCCGAGGGAGAUGAAUAGAAUACGUGGGUUCUAGGAGUUGAUCUUAAGACAAAAGCUUACGAUGCACGAUCGUCACGCAUAGAAAAUAUUGUUGGUCUUUCGAUUAUCACGGGAUAAUGUCAUUUACAUUUUUCUCAUUUCGUUGUUCCGUUUUUCCUAUUACUGUAAUCGGUCUCUGGUAAUUUCGUCUCAAAUUAUUAUAUUAUAUCACCGCCGCAUAAAGUAUUAAAUAAUGUAUUACCUAUUACUCGUAAUUAUUGAUUACUGUAACGGGUAUAGCAUGCGUAUAAAUUAUAAUUUAUUAAUUAUAUAACUAUUGUUAUUGUUUGAAACCGAAAUAAAAAAUUGAAUAAAUAAUAAAA